CGUCCUCUUUAGUCCAUAUACAAACUUUUUCAUACCUUUUUAUAUUCAUGUACCUAAUUUUCUAUUAAUCAUCACUUGAAUACCCCAUUUUUUAACUGUGUCUCCAUCACAGCUACUUAAUUUUUUCCCAGCCAUCGUUUCAACUCCAAAUCCCCCUUUCCUCUUUAGUCCAUAUACAAACUUUAUUUCUUCUGCAACUUAGAAACAGAGCAUGACACAAAUGAGAGAAACAGAGCACACGCAAUGAACGAAGCAGACAUACUAAAAACUGAACAUAAUGGAAAUCGUUUGCUUUAUGAAGCUAAUAGUGAGACACCGAACGUUCUCUGGUUCUUCUUCCUUCUAUGUGGGUUUUGAAUCCACUCUACGUUAUGAGUCUGCAGCUAUUGUUGCUGUUUUGAAUAUCGGGCAGCUUGGUACAGGGUUUCUCAUAUUGAUAGACCCAACCGAUCUGUACAAAAUAAAAAAACACAACGUUAGGUUAGCGUUUGAAACUAAGCAAUUAACUACUUCAAUUUAUCAAGGAAUUCUUCAACCUUCCCUCAAUAAUACGCAGUCGUCGCAACUGAUGGUUGAGAUUACCGAUUGAACAAAAACGACGGAGCGGGAGUGGGACCGUCUUGCCGGAAGCUGCAGCGGGAUCAUUAAAGAUGACAAGAGGAAAGGAGCCGUCACUGCCAUGUACGCAGGCGAGUACACCGAAAGCACCUCUUCUCCGGCCGCUGCCACUGUGACAUCGUCCUCAUCAUCUCCAAAGUUCGCGAUUGAUGGGUCAAAAAGUAUCCACAGCCACCGCUCUACCCACCCGCCGCCAUGGUCAUGGCCGUCCAGAACUUCUCAUUUCCCACAAAUCAAAGCCUCCACUCUCCGCAUGCUGCUCGAGUUCUUCCCCUCCCACAUUACCUCUAAUUCCCACUCGCCCGUCACUCUAGUCGCCGCCGGCGACAACAACGGCAAGAAAAAUCCAAAACCACCGCCUUCAAGAACAAUCGUCACCGGCUACCUCCUUCAACGACACGCAUUGCUCUGUGCGAAGAUGAACCGAAUGGAAGGAUGAGUUUGGUGAUUGACGGGGAAUUGGCCGCCGGUCUGUGUGCUAAUCCGGAUCUGGAAUCAUAGUUGUCAUAUCUCUGACGGAGUUCCGUGAUGUGGAGAUGGAUACUUAGGCGAGCAACGGCGAGAGGGAUUUAAUCUCACAUCUCAUUUUAAUGAACCAAUUUUGUUCCCUUUUAAAUUAUGAUGAUGUUCUAGGUGGCGUAUAGGUUUGUGGGUUUUUGAUGAUGAGGGUGUUGGGGGAUGUCUACUCGUAUGACGAUGGUGUAUCAAAAUUUAGGCUUCAGUUUUAUUUACUAAAUUAGACAAAAAUUGGAUCUUUAGCGCCUGAGUAAAAGAAAUAAGGUAUAUAAUACAUAAUGGUAAAAAAUUGUUGGGGGGGUUGUAGUGGAAGUAUGCUUAUUUAUAUGGCGUGAUUAAUAAUUGUAAUUAUAAAUAAUUGUAAUUAUUCAUAAGAAAUUAGUUAAUUAUAAAUAAUAAUAGCCAUUAGAUUAGAUCAACAGUGUGGAGGACCUGACACAUACUAUGCGUCUGGAGCAUACGAGUCGUAUCCACAUAUAUAUAUAUAUAAAAUCUAGGAAAUUCCUACAAUACCUUUACCUUGAAGUUAUUGUAACUUGAUGUUUUUGACCUGUUAUAAUAGGUUUCACAAGUCGUAUUACGUAAAAUACAACAUGCAUUGCGUAAUGUGUGUUUAUCUUAUGUAAUAGUUGAAAAAUGUCAUUACGACCGGAAACCUUACGUAAUAGACAAUCAUUUUACGUAAUGAAUAUUAAUCUUGCGUUACGUAAUCUGUUAAAUCAUUACGAAAGACUUACGUGACCCUUCUAUUUUAACUGUUACAUAAGAAAUAACUAUCGUUCCGUAACCUUUACGAUAUAGAUGCAUACUUUACGUAACAGUUGUAAAGUGUCAUUACAGAAGUCUUACGUAAUGGUCUAAUGGAUGGUCCUUUUAGGUAAUGAAAUCAAGUUAUGUGAUGUGAUAAGUCAUUACGGAAGUCUUACAUUCAAAUUUCAUUGUUACGUAAGAAAUAACAUUCGAUACGUAACCUUUACAUAAUGAGUGUGUGUUUUAUUUAAUAGUUGUAAAAUGUCAUUAUGGAAGCCUUAAGUAGUAGACGAUGUUUUUAUGUAAUGAAUAUUAACCUAGUUUUACGUAAAAUGAUGAGUCGUUACGGAAACCUUUCGCAACGCUUCUAGUUUAACUGUUACGUAAGACUAACAAACAUUAUGUAAUCGUUACGUAAUAAACAUUAGAUUGACCGUAAUGCAAUCUAUAAAACCUGCUAUAAUAGGUCAAAAAGUUCAAAUUAUAGUAACUUCAAAGCAUGGUAGGAGGUCCCAUCUAUCUAUCACAAAUUUGGAUCUAAUUCCUUUCCAUAUGACAAAUUCUAUGAACUAAUUAACUGUCCAUGAAAAUGCACUCAUUAUGCUUUUAAAUGUUCUUAAGUCUAAAUGUUUGAGUUUCUUAAGUUAAAUACGGCCUUUAGAUUAAUCCUGCGAUUUUAGUAGGUGGUUGAGUGUUGAAGAAUAAGUAAGGUAUUUAUUUUAUGUUUUAUAAUUUAAAUAAGAAUUUAAUAAGUUAAUCAAUGGGGUCAGGAAAAGUAUGCAUGAAAACCCUAAGGAGUUGACCUAGUAAUAAUGUGGGAAUGACAAC